AUGUCUAAUACUAAUUUUCUGAAAAAUCUUGUGAACACUAGACCAGUAAUAACGUUAUAUUCAACUUUAACAGUUCCUCCAACUGAAACAUCACCAGCACUUCCUACAACUUACUCAACACCCACAACUCAACCACAGGAUGAAACUGCUAAAGUUGGAAUUAUUUGCGCAGCUGUAUUUGGAGUGUUUAUUCUUAUUACCAUAUCAGUGUUUACUGUUAGAUGCAUACGACGUCAGCGACGGCAUGAUCUUGGAUAUGGAAUGAGCAGCGCAAAAGUAGAGGCAAGUGGACUUCCAGAAGAUGAUAAUCCUACAGGUCAUGGAGAUCCACGAAGGAAGUCAAGGGCAGGACAAAAUUCCAACUUAAUUAAUGAUAAGGCAAUGGGUAGUGGUUUCGGACAGGCAUAUAACCAAAUGCAGCCACCACCAAUAUAUCCAAGUCCAAUAUAUCCGAAUCCAAUAUAUCCGAGUCCAAUAUAUCCAGGUCCAAUACAUCCAGGUCCAAUACAUCCGAGUCAAAUAUAUAAUCCAAUGCAACCACAAUAUAAUGAACCAUAUAAUGAAGAUAAUAAUAUAUUGAGAAUUGCAAGUGAUGAAGGUGGUCGAACAGAUGGAUCAAAAAAUUAUGGACCAUCUGAAGAGGACGUAUUAAGAGUGCCUAGUGAAAGGGAAAGUAUGAAUGAAGCAAUGCGAUUGGCUCAAGAAGCAUCAAAAAUGAAAUCAAAAGAAGAAAAUUCGAGAGGGUCACAGCAAGUUGUGACGUUUCCCGGAAAUACAGAAAUUAAUACCAAUCUUAAGGAUAUCACAUAA